AGUGGAAUUUAUACAGGGACGUGACAUUGGAGAAUUACAACAACCUUGUGUUUCUGGGUCUUGCUUCCUCUAAGCCAUACCUGGUCACAUUUCUGGAGCAAAUAGAGGAGCCUUCAGUUGUGAAGAAAGGAGAGGUUACCACUAUGUAUUCAGGGAAAAAAUGUUAUACCUGCAAAGACUGUGGGAAAGUUUUUGAGGAGAAAAAAGUAUUUCAAAGUCACUACAGACUUCAUGUAAGAGUGAAAACCUACAAGUGUGAAGAAUGUGGCAAGUCCUUCCGUUUUCCGUCAUUACUUUCUAGACACUACAGAGUUCAUACAGGAGAAAAACCCUACAAGUGUGAAAUAUGUGGCAAUGGCUUUCCUUAUCCUUCAAGGCUUUCCACCCAUAUGAAAACUCAUACAGGAGAGAAACCAUACCAGUGUGAAGUAUGUGGGAAGGCCUUCCAUGAUCCAUCAAUACUUUCUAUGCACAAGAAGAUUCAUACAGGAGAGAAACCCUACAAAUGUGAAGAGUGUGGCAAGACUUUCAGAGCUUCAGCAUUACUUUCUAAGCAUAAGAGAAUUCAUACAGGAGAGAAACCCUACAAAUGUGAAGAGUGUGGCAAGACUUUCAGAGAUUCAUCAUUACUUUCAGCGCACAAGAGAAUUCAUACAGGAGAGAAACCCUACAAGUGUGAAGUAUGUGGCAAGGACUUCUAUUAUCGAUCAAAACUUAAUAAACACAAGAAAAUUCAUACAGAAAAAAAUCCCUACAAGUGUGAAGUAUGUGGCAAGGCCUUUGAUAAUCGAUCAAGGCUUUCUAACCAUAUGAAAAUUCAUACAGAAGAGAAACCAUACAAGUGUGAAGUAUGUGGCAAGGCCUUCCAUUAUCUAUCCAUACUUUCUAAACACAAGAUAGUUCAUACAGAAGAGAAUCCCUACAAGUGUGAAGUAUGUGGCAAGGCCUUCGACUAUCCAUCAAGGCUUUCCAACCAUAAGAAAAUUCAUACAGGAGAGAAACCAUACAAAUGUGAAGUAUGUGGAAAUGCCUUCUGUUAUUCAUCAUCACUUCGUAAACACAAGAUAAUUCACACAGGAGAGAAACCCUACAAGUGUAAAGUAUGUGACAAGGGCUUCGAUUAUCGAUCGAGACUUUACAAACACAAGAAAAUUCACAGAGGAUCAAAACCUUAAAAUUAUGAUGUAUCAGUCAGUUCCUUAGAACUUUCCAGCUUCUUUCUCCUCAUUUGAUAACUCAUUCUGGAGAGAAACCAUACAAAUGUGAAGAAUGUGGAAAA